AUGGAAGCCCCCAGCAGCAGCAGCAGCAGCAGCAGCAGCAGCAGCGGGGCUGCCGCCACCUUCCAGUACACCAGCCUGCCCAUGCUCCACCUGCAGCAGCAGCAGCAGCAGCAGCAGCAGCAGCAGCAGCAGCAGCAGCAGCAGCGGAGGAAGCCUUCUCUCUUAGAAAGCGGAGAGCUGGAGCCUUUGCCUUUGCCCACAACGACUUCGGGGGUUCGCUGCGCCUCUGCGGUGUACAGACCCUCCAGCAAGGCCCACGGGCUGCUGCUGCAGCAGCUGCAGCAGCAGCAGCUGCAGCAGCUGCAGCUGCUGCAGCGGCCCCAGUUCGGCCUCAGCUCCUCGUAA